CUCUUCAAAAGAACACACACACACACACACACACACCCCUGAAACUCCUCUACGGGAGGAAGCAGGAAACCAGUGUUGUUGUCACUUUGGACUGAACCUUUAGGACUGAAGAGAGAAAGGCACAAAGGGCCCACAAAGUGGAGAUGUUGAAGGGACCCAGAUCCUGGAAGUUCCCUUGGAUAUUUCUGCUGGUUUGAGCCAGAAGGGCUGUGGAGAGGACCUAAGAGCAGUAUUUACUUCCUCACCCUAUUACAGAUUUGAGUGAACAAGUAAGGUGGUAAAUCCACCUGGCUGCCUGGGAUGGAGUCUGUGGCCUUGUACAGUUUCCAGGCCACUGAAAACGAUGAGCUGGCCUUUAACAAAGGUGACACACUGAAGAUUCUGAACAUGGAAGAUGACCAGAACUGGUAUAAGGCGGAGCUGCACGGUGCCGAAGGUUUCAUCCCAAAGAAUUACAUCCAAGUCAAGCCCCAUCCGUGGUUUGCAGGUAGGAUCUCCAGGCAGUUUGCAGAAGAGAUUUUGCUCAGACGAAAUCACCUGGGAGCCUUCUUGAUCAGAGAGAGUGAGAGUUCCCCAGGAGAAUUCUCAGUCUCUGUGAACUAUGGUGACCAGGUUCAGCACUUCAAGGUGCUUAGAGAGAACAUGGGGAAGUACUUCCUUUGGGAGGAGAAGUUCAACUCACUCAAUGAAUUGGUGGACUUCUACCGCACAACCACUAUUGCCAAGAAGAAGCAAAUCUUCCUGAGGGAUGAGGACCCAACACACAAGCCACCCAGAGCAAAAUUUGCCAAGGCCCAGUUUGACUUCACCGCCCAGAACUCCUCACAACUCAGCUUCUACCAGGGUGACAUCAUUGAGGUGCUGGAACAUUCUGACCCCAACUGGUGGAGAGGCCAGCUCAGUGGCCGAGUGGGCUUCUUCCCUCGGAACUACGUCCAUCUCAUCCACAUGUGAACUGUUACUCGGUCCUCACCUCUCUCCAUCUCUCAGAGUUGUUUUGAAUGACCGUGGCUUCUAAGACUUUUCUGGAUGAACAAGCACUCACAA